UAUAUAGUAUAAACUGUAGUGCUCCAUCUUAACCCACCACACAUGAAAAACGUCUUCCUUCAACUUCAUUUUCCUUAUUCCCCUGUUUCCUAAUUCAAUCAAAAUAUCAAAUACAACUUUUUCCUUCCAAGACUUUAUAGAUUUCAACAAAACUCACAAAUUGCUACUAAAUUUAUACUAAUUCUCACUGAUCAUAUAUAGAUGGGUAGUACUUGUGAUGGCCUUGAUUUAGGAUUAGGCUUUUCAUCAACGCGGAAUCAGAAAGCAAGAAAGCACGGAAGAGCAGCUGCAAUUAAAUUCGAUCUUGGUUUUGAACCCUCUCUGAAUUUAAGCCUUUCUUCCAGAGAUCAGAUCUACGAUCUGAAGACGGAAAAUAAGGAUCAAUUAUCUGUUGCUUCGUCCUAUUCAAACGCGAGUGUGAAAAGGGAAAGAGAUAUUGGUAGUGAGGUAACAGAAGUAGAAAGAGUAAUUUCAGGUAGAGUUAGUCAUGAUCAUGAAGAUUAUUAUUAUGAUGAUGAUGGUUCAAAUGGAAGGAAGAAACUUAGGCUCACUAAAGUACAAUCUGCUUUGUUAGAGGAAAGUUUCAAGCAACAGAGCACUCUCAAUCCUAAGCAAAAGCAGCACUUAGCAAGGAAGCUUAACGUAAGGCCUCGUCAAGUGGAAGUUUGGUUCCAGAACAGAAGAGCAAGAACGAAGUUGAAGCAAACAGAGGUAGAUUGCGAGUUUUUAAAGAAAUAUUGUGAGACACUGACAGAUGAAAACAGGAAGCUUUACAAAGAAUUGCAAGAACUGAAAGCUCUAAAAGUAGGGCAGCCGUUGUACAUGAAGCUGCCGGCUGCAGCCACCCUCACUGUGUGUCCUUCAUGCGAAAGAGUCAGAGGCGCCGCCGCCCAAAACUCAGCCAAGUCUUCUCACCUCUAUGGCUCCUUUACCAAUCCAUCAGCAGCUUGUUAAUUAAUUAGUAUUCAAAUUAUCAUGUUAAUUUAUUUUUAAUUAAUGUCAUGUUAAUUAAUUAGAUUCUUUGGUAAUCCCACAAAACUAGUAAAGAUUUAUUUUGUUUUGGUUAAGGGUUUAAUUUGUACUGUAAUGAAAUGACUGUAUAGUUCAUUUGUUUAUAAGAGGUUUGCUAAUCAUUAUUCAUUUA